CCUUUUUCCAAACUACGCUUUUCUUUUCCUCCACAGAAAACCUGCUUCCCAGCAGGGCAGCAGGCCUUCGGCAGGGCGUCUGUCCUGCCCAGACCUGCUGCAGGGCGAGGCCUCGGGCUCCCAGGAAGCUGGGCCGGAUCUCAGGGGGUCCCCGGUGGAGAGGGGGUAGCCACAGACCCUGAGCUCCAGUGAGCAGAACACCAUCGGCCUGCACGAGGGGCCUGCAGGUUCUCAGCCCCAUGUGUUUGUUUCAGGUCAUCAGAAAAGCCUUCACUGAAGAAAAACAUGUCUCGACAAAGACAUCUGCAGCAGACCUCGUGACAGAGACAGACCGCCUCGUGGAAGAUCUGAUCAUUUCUGAGUUGCGAAAGCAGUUUCCUUCGCACAAGUUCAUCUCAGAGGAGGCCACGGCUGCCGGGGCCAAGUGUGAGCUCACAGCCAGCCCGACCUGGAUCAUUGACCCCAUCGAUGGCACCUGCAACUUUGUGCACAGGUUCCCCAAUGUAGCAGUGAGCAUCGGAUUUGCUGUUCACCAAGAGCUGGAGUUCGGCGUGGUUCACCACUGCAUGGAGGAGCGGCUGUACAUGGCCCGUCGGGGCCACGGUGCCUUCUGCAACACCCAGCGGCUGUACGUCUCAAAGGAGACAGAGCUCUCCAAGGCCCUGAUCCUGACAGAAAUCGGCUCCAAGCGCGACCCAGCCACGCUGAAGCUGCUCCUGGGCAACAUGGAGCAGCUGCUGCUCGCCAAGGCCCACGGGGUCCGAGUCAUCGGCAGCUCCACCUUGGCGCUCUGCCACCUGGCCGCGGGGGCCGCUGAUGCCUAUUACCAGUUCGGCCUGCACUGCUGGGACCUGGCGGCGGCCACGGUCAUCAUCAGAGAAGCGGGUGGCAUCGUGAUGGACACAACAGGUGGGCCCCUUAAUCUCAUGGCACGAAGAGUGGUUGCUGCAGGCACCCGGAAGAUGGCCACGCUUGUCGCCCAGGCCUUGCAGCCAAUCAACUACGGGCAGGAUGACCAGGCGUGAAACCAGCCCAGCAGCUCCCGCAGCCCCAGGGCCGUUGCCGGUGCACACGCCCUCCCUGGGCUUGGUGUCCUGCUGGCCCCUGAUGCCCCGCAAGCUUCUCAGGUUCCUAGCAUCCUCCCGGGGUCAGCCCUGCUCAGGAGAUGGCACCCCACUCCCCCAGACUCAGGUGAUGGCCACACUGCAGGGGACACGGCGUCCUCAGGCCCCAGUCCAGCCCAGCACCUCACCAGGCACUGGCUCUCCACUCCUCUGUCCCUGCACAUCUCCUGCCCCUCACACAGCCCAGGCCCAGCUGCAGAUGAGGAGCAGAAGCUGGCCAUGGCCAGCCCUGUGGGACAGGCGCCCCAGAGCUGCCUCAGUACUUACUGUCAUCUUCCAGCUCCCAGAGACCCGCAGAGUGCUCGAAACCGCACUUCUGAAGAGCCGAGCAGAGUGCUUUCCAUUUGCAUGCGUGCUCUCUGGGCUCACUCCCAGCAUGGAGGCCCCAUGUGGGUGAGGAGCCUACGAGCCUGCGGCCAGGGGCAGGCAGGCCAAGCCACAGCCGCUGUGGACCUGCCUGCAGCCCAGCGCCGUCAGCACGCGGCCCUGGGGCCUGUGUGGCUCCCACUGUCACUGUCCACCCGCCCUGCAGCUCAGCAGGCCCAGCUGGCCCCGAGGCCUCCACACCGGACACUCAGGGCCCCCAGUACCCCAUGUGGGAGCGGUCACCACAGACGGUGUGGGCAGAAUAAAUACGUCACUCAUGCACCUCGGUACAUUUGGACGCAUUCGCUGUCUCAGGGAACUUCCAUUUCCGGUGACCGGGGCGGCCAGGUGACCCACACAGGGUUCAACAGCCAUGUUCGAGGCCCAGGUCGGGAGUCCACAGCCUGCUGUCCCCCAGGAGGACUCUGACCUGUGCGGGUCUCUCCCUCCGGCUCUCACACAGCCUCCUGUAUCUGCACAAAGCCACUGUCCCUCUUGGUUUGGCCCCAUCCCCAGCCUCCAGACACCCUGUGGCCCCAGCCUUGUCCACGGGAGGUGACGUGGGGGUGUGGUGAGACCAUGGGCACAGCCUAGCCCAGCAGGGCCAAGUGAG